ACCACCACCUCUUUAAAGAAUCCAACCCAGGUCGGAACUGCUCUUCAGGUUUUCCAUAAUCUUGGAACUUUGAAGGACACUAUUACCAAUGUUGUGGAUGGAUAUUGUGCUGCAAUAGAAGAAAAUAUCAACAGUGCAUUAGAUAUCAAAGUUUUGACUCAGCCUUCCCAGUCAGCUGUGAGAGGGGGACCUGGACGAUCUACCAUGCCAACCCCAGGGAACACUGCAGCUUUUCGUGCUUCCCUCUGGACCAACAUGGAGAAACUUGUGGAUCAUAUUUUUACUGUCUGUGGUCAGGUGCAACAUCUACAAAAAAUAUUAGCCAAGAAGAGGGAUCCUGUUUCUCACAUUUGUUUCAUUGAAGAAAUAGUUAAGGAUGGACAGGCUGAAAUUUUAUAUACAUUUUGGAAUUCAGUUACUCAAGCACUUUCUUCUCAAUUUCAGACAGCAACAAAUUCUUCUAUGUUUUUGAAACAGGCAUUUGAAGGAGAAUACCCAAAAUUAUUGCGGCUUUAUAAUGACUUAUGGAAGCGUCUUCAACAAUACAGCCAAAAUAUUCAAGGAAAUUUUAAUUCAAGUGGAACUGCAGACCUCUAUGCUGACUUACAACACAUAGAAGAUGAUACACAAGAUGUAUUCAUACCAAAAAAGCCAGAUUAUGAUCCAGAAAAGGCUUUGAAAGACUCACUACAACCCUUCGAGGCUGCGUAUCUAUCAAAAUCAUUAUCUCGACUCUUCGAUCCUAUCAACUUGGUUUUUCCCCCUGGUGGUCGUAAUCCUCCUUCUGCUGAUGAACUUGAAGGUAUCAUUAAAACUAUAGCAAGUGAACUAAACGUAGCUGCUGUUGAUUCAAACCUCACAUUAGCUGUAUCAAAAAAUGUGGCAAAGACCAUCCAGUUGUAUGGGGUAAAAUCAGAGCAGCUGCUCUCCACACAAGGGGAUGCAAGUCAGGUGAUUGGACCUCUUACCGAAGGACAGAGAAGAAAUGUGGCAGUAGUAAAUUCACUAUAUAAGUUGCACCAAUCAGUAACAAAGGUGGUUUCCAGUCAGAACUCUUUCCCACCAGCAGCUGAGCAAACUAUAAUUUCAGCCCUAAAGGCAAUCUAUGUUCUUAUGGGAAAUGCUGUGCAACCCUUGCUGACUUCCGUGGGUGAUGCCAUUGAGGCUAUCAUCAUCACUAUGCAUCAAGAAGAUUUUUCUGGAUCAUUACCCAGUUCAGGAAAGCCUGAUGUUCCCUGUUCUCUCUACAUGAAGGAGCUUCAAGGUUUCAUUGCCAGAGUUAUGAGUGACUACUUUAAACACUUUGAAUGCUCGGAUUUUGUCUUUGACAACACUGAAGCUAUUGCCCAAAGAGCCAUCGAACUUUUUAUCCGCAACGCCAGUCUCAUUAGACCUCUUGGUGAAGGUGGGAAAAUGCGACUUGCUGCUGAUUUUGCCCAGAUGGAGUUGGCUGUGGGUCCAUUCUGCAGAAGAGUAUCUGAUUUGGGAAAGUCCUAUCGAAUGCUGAGGUCAUUCAGACCCCUGCUCUUCCAGACAAGUGAACAUGUGGCCAGCAGCCCUGCGCUGGGGGACAUAAUUCCAUUCAGCAUCAUUAUUCAGUUUUUGUUCACAAGAGCACCUCCUGAGCUGAAAUCCCCUUUCCAGAGGGCAGAGUGGUCCCACGCACGCUUCUCCCAGUGGCUGGAUGAUCACCCUUCUGAGAAGGACAGGCUCCUCCUCAUCAGGGGUGCCCUGGAAGCUUAUGUUCAAUCAGUAAGAAGCAGAGAAGGCAAAGAAUUUGCACCGGUUUAUCCAAUAAUGGUUCAGCUGCUUCAGAAAGCUAUGUCUGCUCUUCAGUAAGAAUGUGAAGUAUUUCUUAAUCUCCAUUUUGUGCUAACCCAUCCAGGGGUGGCAAAUACAUACUCUAGAAGACAGCUACCGUCUACUGUUUCAUGAAUAUAAUCGACUGUUCUCUGUUUCCUAUUGACCUCUUUACCUCUUAAGCCCUUCUACCUUGAGUAGCAUGAAGUGUCAAAAUAGAUUCGUGAGCACCACCUGUAACUCUGCAGAGCUUAUUUUUCCAAAAAGAUACCAAACUCUUCUCUCCCAUCAGGUUUUCCUAUGAGCCUGUCUAAAACUUCUUAACCGUCACGCAGUCCCCACAGCUUAAGGGAUAGGGUCAAGUUAGUAAAUACGCUGCUUCUCCCCAACUGGCAUCUUUUCUUGCUGGAUAAGUAGUUAGCCCAGUAGUUUCCAUUAUUUGGCUGCACAUUAGAAUCACUGGUAGCUUUAAAUAAUCCCGAUGCCCAGUUUGUGCUCCGUAUUAACAUGUGUGGGGGUAGGAACCAUGCAUUACUUCUUUUUAACAUCCUGAAAUGUUUCCAAUGUGCCACAGUUUGGGACCCGCUGGCACAUCCCGAAGCUGAGAUGUAGGGCUCAAUGUUGUUUAACCGUGUCUUACUGUAGCUUUAAUAAUAAUAAAGUGAUACACUUGCUCUAAGAGCAGACUUUGGGGGCUGUUCUACUUUAUAACAGAGAUGCCAAGUUAAAAAUUAACUUUUACUCUGAAAGGAGUCUUAUAAAUAGUAAUCUGGGUCCUUCUUUCUAUUGCCCUUGCCUUGUCGUUAACAUUUUAAAGUUUAAAAUCCCACAAGCCACUUGUUAAAUGUUUUCCAUUUCCUCAAUCUAUUAUUCUGAUUGCUCAUUCAUAAAGUUCAGUCAGGAUAAACCAGAAGUCAGGGAUAAACAAUUUUUUUCAUUUUAUUUGAAAUAAUAUACAAGAAUAUAGUGUGCAAAAUUUAGGGGCAACAUCAUGAAGAAGUGUAAUGAACUGAAAUCAAUUUUAUAGCUGUGAUUCCUAACCAGAAACACCACUUGGUAAGUAACAUGAAAAGCCAUGAUUGUAGCUCAGAGCAAAAGCAGCUCUAUUGCCAAUGUGUUUGCUCUCAGUGUAGACAGCUGGAGGAAAGUAAAGUGCAAGUGUUGCACUGCGUAAGUGCAAAGUCCGCCCCCACCAUAGAUACGAUGACAAAUAACAAUAUUAAGAUACGUGGCUGAGGAGAUAUAGGACACAAAAUUAAAAAUACAAUGGUGUCAACUGUUAAUAGCACCAUUACAGUGACUAUAUCCCAAUGCUAUUAACUAACUUUACCUUGGCCUGGGCUAGGUCUCCACUGAAGUCAAGGGUGGGUGUGUCCAACUCGGCAUGCUCCAGGAGCCGCGGCAGGUGGCUCUUAGGCUGGCACCGACACCAUCCACCGGCCCUGUGUCCUGGCAGCCUCUUGGCACUGGCCAGACUAGGAGCCCCCAUGUUUGGCACAGAUGCUGAGCCAUGUGGUGGUUGCUCAAGGAAGGCCAACUCCCGGCUUCUGCUUCAACCCAUUAUGUGUACAAUACAGAUUAAUAAGCAGUAAGGAGCCAAUGUAUAAACAGCAGUUACAUAUUUUUAAAUUCCCCUUUUGUACAAUUUAAAAUAAAACAUGUAUACACUU